AUGAGCGUGAAAAUUCUGCGUUUGUGCUACAAUAAUGUCAAACGGAAAAGAAUGCAAAUUCUUUUAGCUUUAUUCUUCUUUUUUUCAUUUACAAUUUGUUUCUACAUUGCCAUUCAAGAGCCGAGGAAAUCUUUCAUUUUUAUUGAUGAUGUCAAUCGCUUUUCUCAAGGGUCAACAACAAAGACAUUUUUUGGGCCGACACGAGGAAAGGAUUUACUCACCGCUCGAAGCUACCAGCAAGGAAUCUUUAUUAAGGAAAAGGAGACUUUCAGUGAUGCUAUGAAGAACAUUGGCAGUUCAACCGGUUUGCUACCACACGGAAAAAGUGAUUUGGUAGCCAUUAAUAGCAAAUAUUCUUCAAGUGACCUUCCUCCAUUCCGCAAAGAAAACCAACCGAGCCAAGAUGAAGAUACAACGUUCUCAUUGCGAGGAUUUUUGAAUCUCCAUAUUUGGGAUAAUGUGUGUCACUUUCAAGUGGAAAGUUUGCGUGAAUUUAUCUUAUUCCCACAUGCUCCGUCGAAACGCAUGUUGUUGACUUCUGCUUCUUCCUACGGUGAAUACUUAAAAAAUUUGGGGGAACGAAUGUUCGGCUUCAUUUCACCAUCUGCAAGCGGCGAGUAUUACUUUGCCAUUUCUUCGAGUGGAAAUUCGGAACUGUGGCUGAGCUCCGACGAUUCAUCGGCAAAUCUUCGGAAAAUUGCUUUUCUCGGUUCUCGUGAAAAUCCUGGUCGAGGACAACCUGGAAAUUAUUCCACAACUGCGACUCAAGUUUCUACAGCUUUUUCCUUGACAAAAAAUGUGAAAUAUCUUAUCAACGUGCUUCACAAACAUCAGUCUGGCAAACUCCAUCUGGAGGUGACUUGGAGAUUAGCAGGUGAAGCGGUAUUCGUUGUUGUGACCGGUGAAUAUCUACGAGCUGCCAUGAAUGACAGUCACGUGCCUGAUAACACUGUUGGAUUGGCUGAUUACAAAGAAGAGCCACAAGAAUCAGGUGACUCAAUUCUACCUUUCGUUGUCUUGGACGACAUGGAGGGUGCAUUGCCUGAGUGUUAGUACGAACCGAGUUAUUUGGUCCAGCAUAAACUGAUUCGAUUCCAGGGUGCUCGAAACAAAAGUAACACACAUUUUGCCUCAGUUUAUCCUCCAGAUACCACCAAUGAUUCUCUCGCAUUAAUGAAAAAUGAAGAUAUCUGGUGGCAGGAAAAUGCAGCUGGAAAUCUUCUGACAAAUCCGAACAUGGCUCAGGGUGUGGUUCAUACGUUCAUAGACGCUUUAGAAGUAAGAUAUCCUCAGCAUUACGCACUCCAGGAAAUAGUUUCAGUUGAGCACGUACCCGACCCUCAGAAAGGCGAUCGCUUCCUCCUGGAAUUACGCUUAACUGAAAAACAAACUGGAGGGAGCGUGCUGUUCUCAGAAUACGUGUACAAGCCCCUUGAAGAAGACAGUUUGUGUUAUCCUGAAGGAUUCCGCUGGAACAAAAAUGCUGUUGUGAAUAUUAUUGUACCUGUGAGAAAAUCUGGGCGCUGGGCACUCUAUUUUAUAAAGAAUAUCGCAGAGGUAAUUCGUCAAACUCGGGACUUCAAAAUACACGUUAUUAUCGUUGACUAUGAAAGUAAGGACAUCGAUAUACAAGCCGUGCUAAACAGGAGCUCUAUUCAGUGGUACACGCUGGUGAAGAUACCUAGGGACCAGGACUUCCAGAGGGCCUUGGCCCUUCAGCGUGGAGCUGAGGCUUUAAAGGAUCCUCACAGCAUACUAUUCAUGUGUGAUCUUCACUUAAAGAUCCCUUCCCAUCUGAUUUCCACCAUCCGUAAGCAUUGCGUGGAAGGGAAAAUGGCGUUCGCACCAGUGGUGAAGAGACUUCGUUGCGGUUAUCAUCCCGAGCUUCCAUUUGGUUACUGGGAGACACUUGGAUUUGGCUUGCUGGCAAUGUACAAGUCUGACUUUGAUCACGUUGGAGGAAUGAACAUACGCGAGUUUACUGGAUGGGGAGGGGAGGACUGGGAACUAUUAGACAGAGUUCUUAUGUCCGGGAUAGAGGUGGAGCGACUCAAAAUCCCACAUUUCUAUCACUUCUACCAUACGUCUGUUGGUGGCAAUCAAAGGGUAGGAGCGUGAAGAGUCCUCUAAGGAAAGCUACUCGCGCCCAAUUUA